CCCAGACUAGAGGAAUGAUAUCUAAACAGACUAGAGGAUUGUUAUCUAAACAGACUAGAGGAAUGUUAUCUAAACAGACUAGAGGAAUGUUAUCUAAACAGACUAGAGGAAUGUUAUCUAAACAGACUGGUAUCCAGACUAGGUUAUUUCCUGUUAGAUGUUCUAGAGGUGUUAGUUCUACCAGCUGUUUUAACAACAUGCCAUAUUUCCAGCUAUUUCUCUCAAGGUACGGCUUCAUAAGACCGGUGAACUGGGAGGAGCUCCAGUUUGACCAAUCAACAGGCAUUUCUAACGAUGAAGACUUCCCCGGGGAGGAAGACCUAUCUGGGAUACAGGAGGGAGACUCAUCGUUGUCACGUGCAGAGACUGAUGAUGAUGAUGAUGAUGAUGAUGAUGACGAAGACUCUCCAAAUCCCACUGAAAGCCAAGCCUUCAUCUCAGCUCUCAGAGACUUCCAGAUGGUGUCCGGCCUGUCUGUCACAGGGCUGUUUGACGACGCCACCAAGGCUGCCAUGAACAAGCCAAGGUGUGGGGUCCCAGAUAAGGAGACGGAUGAUGCUACUGAGGAAGUACACAACUCCACCAGCUCAGCACUUGGUAUCAACACCGCCACCUGGCUAACUAAGAACACAGACACCUCAGAAUACUCUAACCAAACAUUCAGUGGUGUUUUAAAUGCCUCCGCUACUGAUUACACAGUGGACAAUAACAUAUUCACUGACCUUUCUAAUGGCACUGAUGGAAACUAUACAGAGGUUGACAAUUCAUUCAGUGACAUUUUUAAUAGAACUGUUAGUACCCACAAAGGUGAUAUAUCUGCCAGUAGCACAACAGAAUACUACGACCCAGUCGGUGAUACUCUCAAUUAUUCUGCUAUGAACAACACAGAGAAUAACAGCAAUGCACACAGUCACACAGGGAACGACCCAACCAGUGCUACUGACAGACCUCAUCAGAGACCUCCUCCUACCACUGCUACUGACAGACCUCAUCAGAGCCCUCCUCCUACCACUGCUACUGACAGACCUCAUCAGCGUCAGAGCCCUCUUCCUACCACUGCUACUGACAGACCUCAUCAGAGCCCUCCUCCUAACACUGCUACUGACAGACCUCAUCGGAGCCCUCCUCCUACCACUGCUACUGACAGACCUCAUCAGAGGCCUCCUACUACAACUGCUAAUGACAGACCUCAUCGGAGCCCUCCUCCUACUACUGCUACUGACAGGCCUCAUCAGAGGCCUCCUCCUACUACUGCUACUGACAGACCUCAUCAGAGCCCUCCUCCUACCACUGCUACUGACAGACCUUAUCGGAGCCCUCCUCCUACCACUGCUACUGACAGACCUCAUCAGAGCCCUCCUACCACUGCUACUGACAGACCUCAUCGGAGCCCUCUUACUACCACUGCUACUGACAGACCACAUCAGAGCCCUCCUCCUACCACUGCUACUGACAGACCUCAUCAGAGGCCUCCUCCUACCACUGCUAAUGACAGACCUCAUCGGAGCCCUCCUCCUACCACUGCUACUGACAGACCUGAUCAGAGCCCUCCUCCUACCACUGCUACUGACAGACCUGAUCAGAGCCCUCCUCCUACCACUGCUACUGACAGAUCUCAUAAGAGCCCUCCUCCUACCACUGCUACUGACAGACCUCAUCAGCGUCAGAGCCCUCCUCCUAUCACUGCUACUGAUAGACCUCAUCAGAGCCCUCCUCCUACCACUGCUACUGACAGACCUCAUCGGAGCCCUCUUCCUACCACUGCUACUGACAGACCUCAUCAGAGCCCUCCUACCACUGCUACUGACAGACCUCAUCGGAGCCCUCUUACUACCACUGCUACUGACAGACCACAUCAGAGCCCUCCUCCUACCACUGCUACUGACAGACCUCAUCAGAGGCCUCCUCCUACCACUGCUAAUGACAGAUCUCAUCGGAGCCCUCCUCCUACCACUGCUACUGACAGACCUGAUCAGAGCCCUCCUCCUACCACUGCUACUGACAGAUCUCAUAAGAGCCCUCCUCCUACCACUGCUACUGACAGACCUCAUCAGCGUCAGAGCCCUCCUCCUAUCACUGCUACUGAUAGACCUCAUCAGAGCCCUCCUCCUACCACUGCUACUGACAGACCUCAUCAGAGUCAGAGCCCUCCUCUUACCAUUGCUACUGACAGACCUCAUUGGAGCACUCCUACCACUGCUACUGACAGACCUCAUCAGCGUCAGAACCCUCCUCCUACCACUGCUAAUGACAGACCUCAUUGGAGCCGCACUCCUACCACUGCUACUGACAGACCUCAUCAGCGUCAGAGCCCUCCUCCUACCACUGCUAAUGACAGACUUCAUCGGAACCCUCCUCCUACCAGUGCUACUGACAGACCUCAUUGGAGCCUAACUCCUACCACAGCUACUGACAGACCUCAUCAGCGUCCGAGCCCUCCUCCUACCACUGCUAAUGACAGACCUCAUCAGAACCCUCCUCCUACCACUGCUAAUGACAGACCUCAUCAGAGCCCUCCUCCUACCACUGCUAAUGACAGACCUCAUCAGAGCCCUCCUCCUACCACUGCUACUGACAGACCUCAUCAGAGCCCUCCUCCUACCACUGCUACUGACAGACCUCAUCAGAGCCCUCCUCCUACCACUGCUACUGACAGACCUCAUCAGAGCCCUCCUCCUACCACUGCUACUGACAGACCUCAUCGGAGCCCUCUUCCUACCACUGCUACUGACAGACCUCAUCAGAGCGCUCCUACCACUGCUACUGACAGACCUCAUCGGAGCCCUCUUACUACCACUGCUACUGACAGACCACAUCAGAGCCCUCCUCCUACCACUGCUACUGACAGACCUCAUCGGAGCCCUCUUCCUACCACUGCUACUGACAGACCUCAUCAGAGCCCUCCUCCUACCACUGCUACUGACAGACCUCAUCAGAGCCCUCCUCCUACCACUGCUACUGACAGACCUCAUCGGAGCCCUCUUCCUACCACUGCUACUGACAGACCUCAUCAGAGCGCUCCUACCACUGCUACUGACAGACCUCAUCGGAGCCCUCUUACUACCACUGCUACUGACAGACCACAUCAGAGCCCUCCUCCUACCACUGCUACUGACAGACCUCAUCGGAGCCCUCUUCCUACCACUGCUACUGACAGACCUCAUCGGAGCCCUCCUCCUACCACUGCCACUGACAGACCUCAUCAGAGCCCUCCUCCUACCACUGCUACUGACAGACCUCAUCGGAGCACUCUUACUACCACUGCUACUGACAGACCUCAUCAGCAUCAGAACCGCGUGGCCUCACUGCUGUCCAAGCGGAGGCAGAAGAGACAUGUGGGGAGACGUGCAUGGGGAAACAUGGCAUUCUCCAAAAUGGUGCUGAAGUGGAGGCUGAUAGGAGAGGGUUAUAGCAGUCAGCUGACCAUACAGGACCAGAGACACAUCAUUAGCCUGGCCUUCAGGAUGUGGAGCGAGGUGUCUCCCCUGGAGUUUAUAGAGGACACAUCCUCUCCCCUGGCGGAUGUAGACAUCAAACUGGGUUUUGGAACAGGGAGACACUUGGGAUGCAACCAGAAGUUCGAUGGUACUGGACGAGAGUUUGCUCACGCCUGGUUCCUGGGAGACAUUCACUUCGAUGACGAUGAACAUUUUACUGCACCUAACACUGGCAGUGGGAUCAGCCUGCUCAAAGUGGCAGUGCAUGAGAUAGGCCACGUCCUGGGUCUGCCUCACAUCUACAGGACUGGUUCCAUUAUGCAACCCAGUUACCUGCCCCAGGAAUCAGGCUUCGAGAUCAACUGGAUGGACAGGAAGUCCAUACAGCACCUCUAUGGGGGCUGUAAGGGUCAGUUCAACACAGUGUUUGACUGGAUCAGGAAGGAGAGAACCCAGUACGGUGAGGUGGUGAUUCGUUUCAACACCUACUUCAUGAGGGACGGCUGGUACUGGCUCUAUGAGAACAGGACCAACCGAACCCGCUAUGGUGACCCGGUGGCUCUUCAGGUGGGCUGGCACGGCAUACCCCCCGACGGGGUAGACGCAAGUGUUCACGUGUGGAACAGGAACACUGAUGCUGUCUACUUCUUUAAAGGCACCCAGUACUGGAGGUAUGACGAUGACAACGACCAGGUGUUUACAGUGGACCCUGAGGGACACCUCUACCCUAGACUCAUCUCUGAGGGGUUCCCAGGGGUGCCCAGUCCUAUAGACACAGCCUUCUAUGACAGGAGGGACUACCACAUCUACUUCUUCAAGGGCACCUAUGUGUAUGUGUUCGACGUGACAGCCAACCGCGUGUCCCCAGGCUUCCCCAGGAAGAUCACAGCUGUGUUCCCAGCAGUAGUGUCUGGGGAUCACCCGGGCGGUAGCAUAGACGCCGCCUACUUCUCCUACACGCACAACGCUGUCUUCCUGUUCAAGGAUACACAGUUCUGGAAGGUGGUGGGGAGGAGCAGAGACCGCUGGAGGAGACCGGCGCUGCCACGCAACGGCCUGCUGCCACACAGGAAGGUGGAGGAACAGUGGUUUGACAUUUGUAACGUUCACCCCUCGGCCCUGAAAGUGGCCCGUCGAUGAGGGGGGGGGGGGGGCUAUAAGGAUUCUGUGGGAUUAGGGGAUACUGGACCCAGAUCGGAUGGCACUCGUACCAACUCUAAACAUGACACUGAGCGAGGAGCACAGACUGGCCCCGUAGCCAUGACAACAGAGUUCCUAAGGUGACUGCUGGUUUCACAGUAAACUGACUUAUAUCCAUUACAUAAUAAAUAUGUAUUAGUCUACAACACAUUUCAUUCAUUAUGAUAACUAUUGUUAACUAUUAUCAACCUUGUACAUGUCCACAAUAUAUAUUUAGUUGUUUCAAAAACAUUGUUAAUUUAAUAGUUUAAUGGCCACGAUUACAGACACCUGUGUCUUUUGAGACUAUAUAAACGAGUCAUCCCGCAGUGUUUAUACCCUGAUGAAGACGGCUUGGCUGUCGAAACGUUGGACAUUUGCAUCUGAGCUCCUAGAGUGGUGAGGAUCUCCUUUAUUUUUAUAUUGUAAUAGUUUACACAAUAUGUCGUUGAAGACAAUAAUGCCUUUUUUGGGCAUGUUCUUAUUUUUUUCUAUGUUGUAAAAGUUUUAUUUAUAUAAAAUCAGUUGUGUUAUAUGGACUGAAUUGAAUUGACAAAAACAACUCUGAAAACGCAGUUUUUAUUUAGACUGAGAUCAGAUACAUGUUCCCUAUUAAAGACUUGUAACAAACACAAACAA